ACCAUUUUGCUUUUUAGUUUGAUGCAUUUUCAACCUCAAACAUUUUUAAAAGACUUCCCGCCCCACCUCACUUUUAAAACUGAACUGAGAUCUUUAGAUGUACAGCCUGGUGCUGAAGGACUAGAGUCCACUUCAGAACCAUGUUCUUCGGAUGGCCGUCCUAGUUUGGCCCUGGCAGCCACAACUGCAGCAGCUGCAGGCUCCUCCACCGCCGAAGCGACUGCGUUAUCUGCAGAGACCCCAAUGUCCUACUCUGAGCCGAACCUUCUCAUGGACCUCUCCUCUGACAGUCUUCUGGGGGAUCCCUGCACUCGAGCCAGCUUUACCCACAAGACAGGCCACGGGAAACUUGGCUUUGAGCCUAUCUAUGUCUCCUGUAUUGCUCAGGAUCCCUGUACUACAAAAGAGCUUAGCUCUAGUGCAGGCCCUAUUCUUGGCUCCAGUUCUGAUCCCAGCCAUGGCUCUGAUCAAGACACUGGUCCUGAUUCUGGCCCUGGUCCUGCCACUGACUCUGGGCCUAGUCCAGGCUGUGGCCAUGACCCUGAGCUCAGCCCCUACAAUCUUCCAAGUUUCAGAACCCCCCAAGCAGAUCCGGUCUCUAAUUAUGCCUCCUGGAAUCGCUACUGCCCCCGGGAACCUCAGAAACAACCCUGGAAGUUUUUGCCAGUCUCAGAACCUUAUUCCCAAGGGCAUUGGAAGACCCCUGAGGUUGAAGGGAAGUGUAAGGUUCUCAAUAAAACAUUGCCACGGGGCCACUGCCUUCUCUACAACUGGGAGGAGGAGAGAGCCACCAACCACCUGGAUCAACUCCCAAGCAUGCAGGAUGGCUCUGAGAGUUUCGUCUUCCGAAAUGGACACCAGGGACUGCUGACCCUGCAGCUACAGUCACCCAUGUCCUUCAGCACCACCCAGAGAGACUCCUACCAGGCCCCACGAAACUACUACCAGCCAACUCGAGGAAAGCGUGAAGCCAUGCUCGAGAUGCUCCUGCACCACCAGAUCUGCAAAGAGGUGCAGGCAGAGCAGGAAGCCACAAGGAAGCAGUUUGAGGUCGAGUCUGUGACCCACCAUGACUACCGAAAGGAGCUGGUGCAAGCCGGGCCUCCUGCCCCAACCAAGCCUCACGACUACCGUCAGGAGCAACCUGAAACCUUCUGGAUACAGAGGGCGUCACAGCUCCCGGGUGUCAGUAACAUCAAGACUCUGGACACACCAUUCCGGAAGAACUGCAGCUUCUCAACACCAGUGCCUUUGUCUCUGGGGCAGCCUUUGCCCUACGAACCUGAGAACUAUCCCCACCAAUGGGGGGAAAUAUCUUCCCUUGCCUGUCAGGGAGGACAGGGUGCUGGAAUGGGUAGAACUACUAUUUAAGGGUUGAGAAGGGAAGAGGGAUGUGGAAUAUGGAAUCGAUUUCUGUCUACACCGGAGAGGCGGAAAGGAAGUAAAUUCUGCCUGUGCUUGGUGAAAGAGACUUUAUAUAAAGGGUUCUCUCUCA